AAUUCCUUUGUUUGAAAAGGAAAAGCAAAAAGAUUCGUUUUUUUUAAUGGAAAUGGUAUAUUUUAGGUGGUUUGAGUGCAAAUCAUGUAGAAUAUGCGUGUUCGUAUUCUGAAUUCUUUGUCUUGGUUUUCAAUUUCUUGGCCUCUGGUCAAUAUUUUGUAAUUCGAAGCUGCUAAGUUUAAUUCGAGGUCUUGACAUUUAUCCGUGCAGUUCUUACGAUGGUGUUGGCCAAAUACUGAUGUCUUUUCUUUUUUUUUUCAUCUGAUGCGAUUGGAAUAUGAGUAAUUGGAGCAAAUAUGGUGGACAAUUGUGGCACUGAAUUAUUUCGAGCUGCCGAAAAGAAGUCAUUCUGAUGAUGCUGCUUCCAUUGCUGUAAGAAUGUGGAGUUGCGGUUCACGUGCCAUAGCUGGAAGUUUAGGACCAAGAAGCAACCUUAUGAAGUCGAGCCAGGCUACUCAUCCUGAUUGCUCCGACGAUGAUACCUCUCCAUGUGCCAGCGAGGAAGUAGGGCUUGAAUGCCCAAUUUGCUGGGAAUUUUUCAACAUUGUGGAGAAUGUGCCAUACGUGCUAUGGUGUGGCCACACCCUCUGCAAGAACUGUAUUCUAGGACUUCAGUGGGCUGUCAUAAAGUUCCCAACUUUGCCAAUCCAGCUGCCACUCUUCAUCUCCUGCCCUUGGUGCCACCACUUGUCGUUUCGGCUGGUUUACAGAGGCCAACUAAAGUUUCCUCGCAAAAAUUUUUUCUUACUCUGGAUGGUUGAGAGCAUGAACAGCGAGAAUGCAAGAUGGUGUUCUGCAUAUAUUCAGGAUUGCCACUCUGUUUCUAACUCCAACAGCCGCUUGUCUGCAGAAAGCAGCAAUGGCAGCCACCAACGCAACAUUCGAAGAACUCCUCAGGACAUGCAUUCAUAUCAUUCACAUCGGACUUAUCACUUGAAUGUUGGGAAUCACCAGUCAUCUCUGCGAAAAUCAUUGGCAUUCCUUGCUCACCUGACUGCAAAGCUUCCACUGGUUGUCAUAUUCCUUCUCAUCGUACUCUAUGCGAUACCGGCCAGUGUUGCCAUCUUGGUACUGUAUAUCCUUGUCACAGUCCUGUUUGGUUUGCCUUCCUUCUUGAUAUUGUACUUUGCUUAUCCUGGUUUGGACUGGCUUGUAAGAGAAAUCACUACAUGAGAUUUGUAUGGUACCAUCCCUGGAUGGACAAGCUUGCAGCCACCUGGUUGUGCCUGUUAAAUAGUAUCGAUGAGAUGUAAUCCUGCUGCAGUCUCCAUUGGCUAUAAUUUUGCUCA